CACCAGGCGGGAGCGGAGGCAGGAGGUACCUGGCAGGCAGCACGGAGCGGAGAGAGCGGCGGCGGAUACUCUCUUGGCUCCUUUGGAACUGAAAAGCCUGGCUGGAGGGCGAGGGGCUGCAGGAAUCGGACAAUUGAGACCAAAUGUACUAGUGGAGACCAGUAGCCUUCAAGAUGUUACAGCUGCAUUUUGCCAAGGGCAGGUUGGCUUUCCUGGUCCUCAGGCGCCCCAUAAUAUGCCCUGCUGCUUUCCAGAGCACCCAGCAUGUGGAAUACAAGCCCAUCAAGAAGGUGAUGGUGGCAAACAGAGGAGAAAUUGCAAUCCGGGUAUUCCGAGCAUGCACCGAGCUAGGUAUCAGGACGGUGGCUGUAUACUCCGAGCAAGACACUGGCCAGAUGCACAGGCAGAAAGCAGACGAGGCCUAUCUCAUUGGCCGGGGGCUUCCCCCAGUCCAAGCAUACUUGCACAUUCCGGACAUCAUUAAAGUUGCCAAGGAGAACGAAGUGGAUGCCGUCCACCCCGGCUAUGGUUUCCUCUCCGAACGCUCGGAUUUUGCUCAGGCCUGCAUCGAGGCUGGUGUGCGAUUCAUCGGGCCCAGCCCUGAGGUGGUGCGCAAAAUGGGUGACAAGGUUGAAGCCCGCGCCAUUGCCAUCAGUGCAGGGGUGCCUGUAGUUCCCGGGACAGAUGCCCCGAUUUCCUCUCUCAGCGAAGCUCAAGAGUUCUCCAACACGUACGGCUUUCCCAUCAUCUUUAAAGCUGCCUACGGCGGAGGAGGUCGGGGGAUGAGAGUUGUGCGUAGCUAUGAGGAGCUGGAGGAGAACUACACCCGGGCAUACUCUGAGGCCCUCUCUGCUUUUGGAAAUGGAGCUCUCUUUGUGGAGAAGUUUGUUGAGAAGCCGAGACACAUUGAAGUCCAGAUUCUGGGUGAUGCGUAUGGAAACGUGGUGCACCUGUAUGAGAGAGAUUGCUCCAUCCAGAGGCGGCACCAGAAGGUUGUGGAGAUCGCACCCGCUGCCCACCUGGAUUCCCAGCUGCGCUCCAAGCUCACCAAUGAUGCUGUCAAACUAGCCAAACAGGUUGGGUACGAGAAUGCUGGAACAGUGGAGUUCCUUGUGGACAAACACGGCAAGCAUUUCUUCAUUGAGGUCAACUCUCGGCUCCAAGUGGAGCACACGGUGACAGAAGAAAUCACAGAUGUCGACCUUGUCCAUGCCCAAAUCCACAUCUCUGAGGGGAAGAGCCUUCCCGAGCUGGGCCUCAAGCAAGACAACGUGCGGAUCAACGGUUGUGCCAUACAAUGUCGGGUCACCACCGAGGAUCCUUCUCGUGGAUUCCAGCCUGACACAGGCCGAAUCGAGGUAUUUCGGAGCGGCGAGGGCAUGGGGAUCCGACUGGACAGCGCCUCGGCCUUUCAGGGAGCGGUCAUCUCCCCGCACUAUGACUCCCUGCUGGUGAAAGUCAUUGCGCAUGGCAAAGACCACACCACGGCAGCUUCUAAGAUGAGCCGGGCUUUGGCAGAGUUCCGGAUCCGUGGUGUCAAGACCAACAUCCCCUUCCUGCAAAAUGUGCUUGGCAAUGACCAGUUUCUUCGGGGAACCGUGGACACCCAGUUCAUUGACGAGAACCCUGAUCUUUUCAACUUGCGACCCGGCCAGAACCGAGCCCAGAAGCUCCUCCACUACUUGGGCCACAUCAUGGUAAACGGCCCCAUCACACCCAUCCCAGUGAACGCCCGGCCUUCACCCAUUGAUCCGGUUGUCCCUUCGGUUCCUUUGGGUGAGCCGCCAUCUGGUUACCGGGACAUCCUUCUGCGUGAGGGCCCCAGCGGCUUUGCCAAAGCCAUUCGCCAACACAAGGGGCUGCUGCUGAUGGACACCACCUUCCGAGAUGCUCACCAGUCCCUGCUGGCCACCCGCGUCCGUACCCACGACCUGAAGAAGAUCUCCCCCUUUGUGGCCCACAACUUCAACAACCUCUUCAGCAUAGAAAACUGGGGAGGUGCCACCUUUGAUGUGGCAAUGCGCUUCCUCUACGAAUGCCCCUGGCGCCGGCUGCAGGAGUUGCGUGAGCUCAUCCCCAACAUCCCAUUCCAGAUGCUACUGCGAGGGGCCAACGCCGUAGGUUACACCAACUACCCAGACAACUCCGUCUUCAAGUUUUGCCAAGUGGCCAAGGAGAACGGCAUGGACAUCUUCCGGGUCUUUGACUCCCUGAAUUACCUGCCCAACAUGCUGCUGGGGAUGGAGGCAGCUGGGCAGGCUGGCGGCGUGGUGGAGGCCGCCAUCUCUUACACAGGGGAUGUGGCCGACCCCAGCCGGACCAAGUACACACUGGAUUAUUACGUCAAUCUUGCCGAGGAGCUGGUCAAAGCUGGAACUCAUAUCUUGGGCAUCAAGGACAUGGCCGGCGUCCUGAAGCCACGUGCUUCCUCCAUGUUGGUUGGGGCACUGCGCGAGCACUUCCCCAACGUCCCCCUGCACAUCCACACCCAUGAUACUUCAGGGGCUGGUGUGGCUUCCAUGUUGGCUUGUGCGGCUGCAGGCGCUGACAUUGUGGAUGUGGCUGUGGAUUCAAUGUCUGGGAUGACCUCCCAGCCAAGCAUGGGAGCAAUGGUGGCUUGCACCCGCGGAAGCGAGUAUGACACAGGCAUCCAAAUGGAGAAAGUUUUUGACUACAGCGAAUACUGGGAGGUCGCACGGGGCCUCUAUGCCUCCUUCGACUGCACAGCAACUAUGAAAUCUGGCAACGCCGAUGUCUACGAGAAUGAGAUUCCUGGGGGACAGUACACCAACUUGCACUUCCAGGCACACAGCAUGGGACUAGGGAACAAGUUCAAGGAGGUGAAGAAGGCCUACGUGGAAGCGAACAAACUACUUGGGGACCUCAUCAAGGUGACCCCCUCAUCAAAGAUCGUGGGUGAUUUGGCACAAUUCAUGGUUCAAAACAACCUGACACGACAGGAUGUGGAAGCCCAGGCAGAUGAGCUCUCCUUCCCGGUCUCCGUGGUAGAAUUUCUACAGGGCUAUAUCGGCAUCCCAUACGGGGGCUUCCCAGAGCCCUUCCGAUCCAAGGUGCUGAAAGACCUUCCCCGCGUUGAGGGUCGCCCAGGUGCCUCUUUGCCCCCUCUGGACUUCCAGAAGCUGGAGCAGGAGCUGUGUGAAAAGCACGAAGAAGAGAUUACCACGGAGGACGUCCUCUCCGCCGCUAUGUACCCCAAGGUCUUUGACGAGUUCAAGGACUUUACAGCCAACUUUGGGCCAGUCGAAUGUCUCAACACCCGCCUGUUCCUGGAGGGACCCAAGAUAGCAGAGGAGUUUGAGGUAGAACUGGAACGUGGCAAGACCCUCCACAUCAAAGCCUUAGCUCUGGGAGACUUAAACAGAGCCGGACAGCGAGAAGUAUUUUUUGAGCUCAAUGGGCAGCUGCGCUCCAUUCUGGUCAAGGACACCAAAGCUAUAAAGGAAAUGCAUUUCCACCCCAAAGCCCUGAAGGAUGUUAAAGGCCAGAUUGGGGCCCCCAUGCCCGGAAAAGUGAUAGACAUCAAAGUGAAGGAGGGGGCCCCCAUCGAAAAGGGGCAGCCACUCUGCGUCUUGAGCGCCAUGAAGAUGGAGACAGUGGUCAACUCUCCCUUGUCGGGCACCAUCAAAAAAAUCUACGUCAAACCAGAUAUGAGCUUGGAAGGGGACGAUCUUAUCCUAGAGAUUGAAUAGCCCCCACGUAACCACCUCCUCCCUCCCAAAAAAACCCGCUGCUUCUCUUUCUUGCUAUACACCCAAUGCUGCCUCCAAAAGAGUCAACUGCUGCCUCUUCCAGCUCUGGGUCUUAAGCGAUUUUGCUCACUAGGAAGCAUCAGGGCUGACGUUCUCCUCUUUCUUCCCCGUACUCUGAAGAUUAUGUGGGUCCCAUGUCAGGGGCAGGGACACAGCGGCUGGGGUGAGGAGGAUCACCGUUCCCCUCUUUUUCAGUGGCUGUUCAGAAGGCAGUACCCAUUUUAAGAAUCUUCUUCCACCUUAAGGAAGAAAGACAAAGGAUUGGAGUAAAAGGACCCAGCAGAGCGGCGGGGGGUGGGGAUGCCCCCAUCAUUGCACAGUAGGCCCUUUGCCACUCAGCUGCUCCUCAGCUGCUCCUCAGCUGUUCCCAGGACCAAUUUGAUUUGGCAAGAGAGGGAGGCUUUCUUUGGUCCUCUCCCACUGACGCCUCCUGUUGCCAAGCUCUCCUUUCCAUGGCUUCUUCUCUCUCUAGGGUAGACGUCCUUUCUUAAGACUUGGGUUCCUCCACCAACCCCCUGUUUUGAGGAGCAUUGGUAUUGCCUUAGGGGCGUGGGGCAGGCAUGGGGCAUGUUUGGUUUCCUCUUUCCAAACGACACCCUUGCCCUCUUUCAUAACUAGCUUCCUUUCCUUUUUUCCUCAAAUUGCCAAAUCUAAGGCCACAUUACAAGUGGAAAGGGGAGGAGUCAUUGCAACCGUAUGCUGAUUCUGAAAUUAAAGACAACCCCCUCUCCUUGGAUACUUGGCCACAGAGCCCUCUCCUGGGGCGGGGCAGCUGGGUUGCUUCUCUUUUUGUGAUGUGCAAAACAAAGACAGCUGAGGGGGGAGGGAAAAAGGAACUGAGGCCAAGGAUGGCCUGGGCUGAAUGUUUACAAGGUUGUUUCACCGGGGUCAGGAGGGGGACAGGGCCACAGUCCCCCCUCCACCCACCCAAGGGUGAGGGAGCAAAAUAGAAUCACUGAGCAUAACAGUUUUCCCGGCAAAGUUCUCCAGGAGCUGGAUCCGGCUGAGAAGAAUCAGUGUCUGAGAAAUCACCGGAUUCGGCUCCAUGGCCGAAAGAUGUAAUGCGGGACUGCCGAAAAUUUCGCCUAAAGCUGCGAGAAGAAAACAAAAAAAUAUAUAUGUAUAUGAACUCAUAACACAGACUUGUACUUUGGUGUCCUUCAUUAUCCGGGCAUGGCGCAGAGAGGUGGCAAGUUGAAACGGAGGGAAGCCGUGUCUUUUCCCAGCAUUCCCUGCUGCAGCUCUUGAGUUUCCUUGAUCUCCAGGCGCUCUUCACAUGAGAGAUUCCUUCUCAUGUCGCAAGGUGGGGCCCUGCUCAGCCCCCUAAGGAUCUUUAAGUUCCCUGUUCAGAGACACGCCCUACCCCUCCCCAGCCUAAGAAGCUGGCCCUGGAUUCCAUUUUGCCCCCGCCCAAUUAGUACUGCCAACUUUUGAUUUGCAGCCACGCGCGAAGUUUUUCCGUCAGCUCCAGGCCAUGAAAAGUUUCAGCAGCUGAACCCUGCAGAUCAUACCUCUCUUAAGAACACAGGAGCAGCCCUGGAUGGAUUUUUGCCUAGUCAGUUGUUAACCUUAUCCUACCC